CAUUCCUUGCCGGGCCCCUCAUCAAAGGAGGGGGACUCGGGGGGCUGCACCCUAGUCCGCCCUCCUUCCCUCCCUCCCACCCAGCUUGCGCCGCGCCGCUCUUGGCUUGGAUUCCGGGAGGGCAGCGGCGCGCACCAGUGUCCCCGGAGUCCUCAGUCCUGCCCCCCGAAGUGGAGAUGUGCGAGAGGCAGUCGUGAGCCCCGUGGCAGCCGGCACCAUGCGCCUCCGGCCGCUGCCCCUCGUCGUGGUCCCCGGCUUGCUGCAGCUGCUAUUUUAUAGCGACAAUAAACAAGUGGUGCAUGCUACAGAGGGGCUGGAUUGGGAAGACAAAGAUGCUCCCGGGACAUUGGUUGGAAAUGUUGUGCACUCAAGGAUCAUCAAUCCUCUGCGCCUGUUUGUGAAGCAGUCUCCAAUCCCAAAACCUGGACACCUGGAGUACGCAGACAGCAUGGAAAACUUUUGGGAUUGGCUAUCCAACAUCACAGAGGUUCAGGAACCUUUGGCAAGAACUAAACGGAGGCCAAUAGUCAAAACCGGAAAAUUUAAGAAAAUGUUCGGUUGGGGUGACUUCCAUUCCAAUAUUAAAACUGUCAAACUCAACCUGCUCAUCACAGGGAAAAUUGUUGACCAUGGAAAUGGCACCUUCAGUGUCUAUUUCCGACAUAAUUCCACAGGCCUGGGCAACGUUUCAGUGAGUUUGGUCCCCCCCUCCAAAGUGGUGGAAUUUGAAGUUUCCCCACAGUCCACCUUGGAAACCAAGGAAUCCAAAUCUUUCAAUUGUCGCAUUGAGUAUGAAAAAACAGAUCGAGCAAAGAAGACUGCCUUGUGCAAUUUUGACCCAUCUAAGAUCUGCUAUCAGGAGCAAACUCAGAGCCACGUAUCUUGGUUGUGCUCCAAGCCCUUCAAAGUAAUUUGCAUUUACAUUGCCUUUUACAGUGUUGAUUACAAACUUGUGCAAAAAGUCUGUCCUGACUACAAUUACCAUAGCGAGACCCCAUAUUUAUCUUCUGGCUGAAUCUUUCCACAGCAAUGGAAAUGAGAGACAUGUGUAUAAUUAAUUAGAAUGACCAAGAACAAAGCACAGCUCUUCAUGGUAAAAGAUCCUGUUUGUUACUUCCUGGCUAAGUGAACUUAGUGGCCAGCAAGGUUUCCAAAUUAAAAAUAAAAGGGGUGAGGGGACAAUGAAAUAAUCUUUAAAUCUAAAAUGUAUUUGUUUCCAUCAUAAUAUAGAGUCAGUCUGGUUAUGAAGGCAUUACAAGUAGGAUAACUAACUUUGGGAAAUAGUGUUGUUUCUCCAAAAGAGACAUCAGUGGUAGCAACACAAGAAAACAGGAAAAGAUUAUGCAUGUGAUAAAUUUUGCUCCUGAAAUGGGCUUGCCUUUGAGAUAUGAUUUGGAAGGUUACCUUAAAAAUAGCAGUUUCAGUAAAGUAACUGAAAAGAUUGUAUUUGAUAGAUGAGUCACAUUUCUGACAUCAAAUUCUUUUUUUAUUGCUGCAUUUCCCCCUACAUCUGUGCUGUUAUUGAUAUGAGAAAUGAAGGGGUAAAAUUUGUUUCAAAAGUCGUGUGUGAAGUUGCAGUGCCACUGUGGAACUAAAUACAUUAUUAUUUGAGCUAGAGUUGAAUGGAAAGUAAUUUAAAUAGCCCAGUGCUUGCUUAUCACCGUUGUUGUGAUUCUAAUCUAAAUAAUGAUUUUGUAUAUUGGCAAAGCAGAUCUGAAGACGUCAGUUCAACAAAAAUAAAGAUCACAAUGACAAAUUCAAUGCUGUGAGUCAGUCAAGUCUAUUUUAUAUCAGUUUUC